UUAAAUCAUCCAAAUAUCACAGGUCUAGAGAAUAGAUCUUGAUUUCUACCGAGAUGUCCAUGGACAUGGCGUCCAUCAAGAGGCGAGACUCCUACAUCGUAAAAGUGGAGGAUUUACUGAGAGCUGUAAAUGAGGAUGAUACGGAGAAGGCCCAACAUCUGCUUCAUUCUGGAAUCUGCAAUGUGAACUGGGCUGAUCCUACCGGGGCUACAGCGCUACAUUUUGCUUGUCGUUCUGGUAACGUAGACACCCUGAGGUGUCUCCUGGCCUUUGAUCCAGAUGUUGAUGCUGUUACGAAGGACGGAACCUCUCCACUGAUGUACUGUGCCUUACACAACAAUAUUGCAGGCAUGAAGUUGCUUCUAGAAAUGGAUGCAAAUCCCAACGUGGCGGACAGUAAGGGACACUCACCUUUGUAUCACGCAACACGGUUGAAACAUUGUGAAUGCAUGACCCUUCUUCUGGAAGCUGGGGUUCUCUGUGACUGGCCCACGCUGAUGCAGUACAUAGCUUUGAAGAGCUGGAGAAAGUGCCUUAAGAUUUUAUUAGAGACAGAUGAGAAAGCAAGGCUGUCAGGAGAAAGAGAUGAGAUUGACAUGUGUAUUCGAACCCUAGUCUCCGGCAGUGGUGAUGUGAAUGCUCGAGACAGCAGUGGAUACACCGCCUUGAUGUUUGCUGCUGAGAAUGGUCACCCAUGCUGUGUGGAAGCGUUGUUGCAGUGUGGGGCACAGCCAGAUAUAAGGAAUGAAGAAGGAGAGACAGCACUUCUGCUUGCUAUUCCCCACUGUGUGUACUGCGUGAAGCUCCUUCUUGAGGCUCAGGCUGACGUUGAGGUCUGUCACCCGUUGAUCAAGGCCGCCGCGACGUGUACGGAUGACACCAUAGUCCGCCUACUUAUUGACAGAGGUGCUGAUGUAAACGCGGCCUACUCUGAUGGCUACGAUUCUCCACUCAUGGCUGCUGUGAAGGCUGGCAAUGCCAGAUUUGUCAAAGUUUUGUUGGACCAUGGGGCAGACCCUAAUGCAGGUACAAAAGGCAUGGUGCGAGGCCUCAACCUCACUCCUUUAACGCAAGCUCUCGAAGAUCCCAUUUGCUUGGAUGUGGUGAAGGCUUUAGUCAACGCUGGUGCCGAUGUUAAUUUGACAGGGAAGUAUGGACUCCAACCAGUGUUUUUAACUCUUCAAAAAGGUGGUGCUAAUGCUCUCAAGUUCCUCCUCGACAAGGGAGCCUCUAUAAACGCAACAGAUCUGUGGAGUGCUACCGUACUGAAGAGAUCAAUCUCUAACAAUCUUGUGGAACACGUGAAAGUGUGCAUUGAUGACGUGACUAACUGGAAGGAGAAUGUGUCAAGAAACUCUUUAUGUGAAUCAGGUGUGGUUGUGCCAGAUGUUAGAGUUCACAUGGAAGCAAUAUCUCAAGCAAUCGUACGUGGAGACAAGUACGCCAUUCAGCUUUUUCUUCGGUAUGGAGCUCAGCCAGCGAUGUACCCAUUCCACGCUUCUCAGCCUCAUAAUAAAGUGGAGAAUCUGGAUGAAAUCUUUUCUUUUCUGGCCCUAGCCAUCAUGUUGAAUAAUUCGGACAUUGCAAGGUUCUUCAUAGCCAAUCUUUUUCUUGUUCCCAGUGAUUUGAAAUGUGCAUAUUUCUUCCACAAGUAUUCAGGAUUUGACAAUCUGAGAGCUGUCUACUCCCGUCCCUGGUCAUUACGCUCACUCAGUUUUUUGGCCCUUUCUUCUGCCUUUGGAUUCUCUGAUAACAGGGUGGAUCGUGUUCUCAACAGUGGCCUCUCAGAUCAACUACAGCAAAAACUUUUGUUCAAAACCUUGAACACUGGGACUCCAGUUGAUGAAUGGUCAAGCAUUAGUCUUGAUCAUAUUUAACCUUCAGUCUUACAGUCAGGCACAUGGUGAAAUCGGCGGCACACGGAAAUCUUUUUGUUAUCUAUGAAUUUGGACGUGUACUUGUUUUAAGUACAAAGAAUUAUACAUUUGUGAAAGAAAUUUAGAAACUGAAAAUCUAUUUACUAUGUGCAUGGCAGACUGCAGUACUAUCCGGGGUUCUUUUUUUUUGCUUUACCACUGUUGCUGUAACCUUUGAAAAGUUUUUGAAUUUUAUUUUAAAAUGAAUAUGACUGCUAUAUAUAAGUGUUGCACAGGUGAUCAAACAGCAAUUGUUACUUGUAUUUUUAUGACUGUUUUUUUUUUAAGCAGUGAAUACUGUUGGUCCAAAUGCAAACCAUUUCAACGUUUUUUUAUAAGUUAUCACUGAUCCAAGUGUCUGUUGUUUCAAGCUUUUGUGCAAGGCAGUGAUAUCAUGGACCAUAAUCACGGACAGUGUAAUGACUUGGGGUAGAUUUGACCGCAAAAAAAAAUCUACCCCAGUUCUUGGCUAUCAGAUUAGAGGUGUUGGGGAAGGAGAAAGGGGAAAAGUUGGAGAAGAUGAAGAGAAAGAGAGGGAGAGCUAAAGAAACUGUCCCUCUUCAAAAAAGGGUUGUAAUAUAACGACAAAAUGAUAUUAUUGUUUGAGCUACACAAUGGGUUUGAAUAUGAAAUGUGAACAGUGAUUGCUUUUCUGAAGCAUAGGUAGCUUGGAAUCAAAGUAAUUAUAUACAUACAUACGUGGAAAUACAAUGAGCAGUUUUAACUUCUUUUUUUUUGCAAAUGUUAUGGAAAUGGUUGGGAUACAACUUAAUGUAAGAAGAAGCCAGCAAAAAAAAAAGCAAAAAGAUGUUGAUAAGAUGUAAAGGAGGGAGUAUGAAGAAAAAGAGAAAAAUGAGAAAAAACUAUUUGCUCUUUUGUGUGUAUAAAGCACGCAGUAGGUCAUUUUGAAGACCUAGCAUGUAGUCCCCAUCAUCUCUUUGGGUUGAAUGGAAAGUAACUUUGAAACCGCCAAAAAAACAAAAAAA